AGCUUAAGGCACUUCACCUUGGAAGAUCGGCGAAACGUGACAGUUCACUAUAGGGGUGUAGAAAGCCGUUCUGUUCUAGAAGCUUCGUGCUUCACUUUUGCUGUCACUUCCUUCAGUAUUCUUUAGUAUUUGUCAUUAUGCUGUACUAUUCAUUCUUUUUCCUUCGACUGGCUCGCUGUACUUCAAUCCAUCAACCAUCCCUGGUCUUUAUAACAGAUCUAUACACCUAUCACUUCACUCGGCACAGAUGAAGCUGUGGCUCGGUUCUAUCUCACCGGACAUCCAUAAUGAGGACCUCCAGAAGGCAAUCAACGGCAGUCUGAGACCCUUUGGCAUCGACUGCAGGAAGCUUUCCAGAUUCUCGAAUGGGACGUCCGCCACAUUCUGUGUUUACGAUGACAACAGAGGCAACGAAUUCCUAAGAACCUGGACGGCCGCCACUAUCAAUCGUCCACGGAGAAAUGCGGUAUUAGACCUUCGGACCGACACAAGAAAGUUCCGGGUCUUCUUGAAUCGGGCCAAAGUCUCGGACGAUGACACGACGCCGCUGGAAAUACGGUGUGGAGAAUUCGAGUCUACGACGGGAAGACAUGAAAAUCAACCCACGAAAAACCGCGAGUUCCCUCUCACAGCCCUCGCGUGUGGUUACCUGGAGUUUGGCGACGCCGAUCGAAUGACUUUCGAAGACCAUUAUGCUUCCAAUCGUACAGGAUCUGUUGCAUUCGGGAGGUCCUCCCUAAGACUGGAGCUGAAUCAGGAUGUCCGUGGGUCGGUGUAUCGCAUCGAGAUGUCCUACCAAAGUGUGGAUUGUGUGAUACUCAACCCGGAUCGUGCAGAUCCGUCGGUUAUUUCUCGGCAUGAGUGCUCCCGUUGACCGGGCGGCUCUGGAGGCGACAAUGAGUUUCCUAUCGAUCGAGCCUAAAAUGCGAAAACCACGAGCACCCCGUCCCUCACGCAUGACAAACA